CUGGGGACUCCCCGGGCUGUGGCCGCAGGGUGAGGCUGUGAUUGGCGGCAGCGCCUCUUCCGGACACGCCCCGCCCGGCCCGGGGAGAGGUGCGGCAGCACAUGCUCCUGUGUGUAUCGGCAGCGCAGUACGGCGGGCACCGGGUUGGGAUGGGGCAGGCAGCGCUGAUCACCCUCCUGCUGGCAUGGCACACCGCCCGGUACUGCGUGGCCGCCUUCUCGCAGUCUGUGGACAAUGACUUCACCUUCACCCUCCCGUCAGGCCGGCGGGAGUGCUUCUUCCAGCCCAUGCGGCAGGGGGCCACCCUGGAGAUAGAGUAUCAGGUUCUGGAUGGUGCAGGUUUAGAUAUCGACUUCUCCCUCAUCGCCCCGAACGGUGAGAUCGUCCUAGCUGAGGAGCGACAGUCAGAUGGAGUUCACACGAUAGAAGCGAUCGAUGGAGAUUACCAGUUCUGCUUUGACAACACCUUCAGCCAUAUAUCUGAAAAGGUGAUCUUCUUUGAACUGAUUUUAGAUCACCUCAGUGAUGAAGAGAGUGAUCAAGAAGACUGGAAGAAUUUCGUAAUAGGCACAGAUCUGCUUGAUAUGAAGCUGGAAGACAUACUGGAAACCAUCAACGGCGUAAAAGGAAGACUAGGCAAGAGCCUGCAAAUUCAGACUCUUCUGAGGGCCUUUGAGGCACGAGAUCGUAAAAUCCAAGAAAGCAAUUACGAGAGAGUGACCUUCUGGUCCAUUGUCAACUUAGCGGUGAUGGUUGUGGUGUCUGUUAUGCAAGUCUUUAUGCUGAAGAGUCUUUUUGAGGAUAAGCGGAAGAGUAGGCCCUGAACAUUGGAGAAGCUUUGAACCAAAAUCCUUACUUGAUUGAAAGGAAGAGUAUUUUUGUUCCGCCACUCUUUCCCCACCCCUUUUUAAAUCCAUCACAGCUAUCGUUAUAAGGUACAUUUAUGACCUUUUAAUUGUGACAUUUUCUUGCUGCAGUGAUCAUCCUGUUUUUCUCUGGGACAAAUAACUGCAUGAUGAUCACUUUACCAUCGUUUCCAUCCUUCUCACCAAUGUGAACAAAAUCUGUGUACUACUGGGGCCAUUACUAAACCAAUAUGUGCCAGAGAGAACAGGCUUAUUAGGGAUAAGGACGACAAGUUCACAUUUGCUUUCAUUAAUGUAUUUAGGAAACUUUGUAUGGUAGGGGAAACUUGUCAUACAACCAAAUGAGUAAUACAAUGGAAUUGUCAACCUUCCUAUUAAAAACCCCAAUUCAUCCCACAGUUGAACUGCAUUAAAUAGAAUACACCCAUCUUUUGUAAAAGUUAUGUAAAACACAUCCACUCAUACAAAAGAGUGGGAUUGUAUACAUGUGUGAAUAUAUUGAAUUUGCAUAAGUUCCACUAGUUAUGGAUGAAGGGCUGUCUUGAGAUCUCACUAAUCAGUACAAUGUUUAUGUAAUGAGUGAAGAACAAAUAUAAAAUACUGUCACUGAAAAUUAAAAAUAAAUACAUAUGGGAUAUGAAACCCAAUAACGACGGAAUGCGUGAAGUCUGAGCAAGUAAGCAUCCAUUGUUGCUGUUGGUCCAAUUUGUUGAUUUACAAACUUGAGACACUUUCAUAGAAACAUAAUGACUUAUGUAUGAAAUCUUUAGGACAUUAGGUGAUAUUACAGGUUCCCCUAUACAAUAUAUAUUUCGGAGUAGUUCCUCCUGUAAUUGCCUGUGAGUGAGCAGUUAACUAGAGUGUGAAGUUACUGCGCAUUCAGUUUGAUGCUAGAGAUCAGGUAUGUGAAAGCCAACAUGAAUGUAUGUUUACCCUGUUACAGUACACUUUAUUGCACAAGAUAUUUAGGCAUUAGGUCAGUAAUCGGAGCAAUCAGUAGCAUCACUGAUUUUUUUUUCUAAGGAAAUAUCUGAUUUCUAAGCUGUACUGUAACUUAUUUUUACAAGUUAGUGGUCACCAAAACCACCAACUUCUUCUAGUUAAAGUCCUGCCUGCGGUACAUUCUUUAUUCUGACUCUAGCCACGAGGUGCAGAUCUUGAAGAGCAUGCAGCAUGGGUAAAUGUACAGUUUAAUUUUUCCAUGUCAAAAAGAACGUUCUCUGCCAGUGGAAUGAGUGAGGCAGUCUUUAGGAUCAUUGCAGACCAUACAUUAAGGAGCUUCUCAGUGAUAUCACUUGUUCUUAAGGAAUUGACGGGCUAUAUUUUACAGAUGAUUGUUUUAAGGUGCACAAAAACACACCAGUACGUGGUUUUUGGUAAUGGAGCAGCAGUGUACGGUUAAUGCUCCUACCAUGGGUGCCUCUGUGUUAAACUUCAUUCAUCUAUCCCCUUUAAACACGAACACUUGACUAGUGCAGAUUUUAAGACUUUUUAUAUAUACUCACACUCUUUGUAUUGGGUAAAUGUGAAAUGCUGAUCUGAAGCUUUUUUAUUUUUUAUUUUUGUAUGUCAUUGAUUGUUUUCCAAUAAAACCUAACCUGUUCUUAACCUA